UGGCCAUGUUGUCAUAUUUUGUCCAACAACCUUAAUGUUACAAAACGAAUGACCGCACUUGGGCUGAAAACAAUAAUGUGAAUUUGAAGGCCAGUUGAGAGCUGAUUACCGCUAUUAUUAAACUGUUGCGUUGUAACGGGUUUGUAACCUUGCUCUGUUAUCUUCUGAUCUUGCUUAUCAAAUCGUCUUAAUUUCACUAUUGCUGUCAGGUGCCCUCGCCUACUCAACACUAUGCGUGACUUUAAACCAUUCAUAAAUCUACCGAAGGCUAAAAGUUAUAGCUGAACGCCAAGGAAAUCCAAAACUCGUUACUGUGACAAAAUAUAUUUGAUUACCUGUACAGCAAACUAAUUUUUACAACAGUUGCUUAUGGCUCUAAGCAUUGUCGCUAGAUUUUCGCGUAGUAUUCAUCUAGAUACAACACACUUGGAAAAGUUUCGUUGCCCUGUGACUUCUGUUGUAAAAGGCUACUUUGGAUUGCAUCUCAAUCGUAAAUUUAGCACAGAAACCAUUGAGGAGUCAACACCGAAGGAAAGUGAUAAAGAAAUAGAAUCCUUAAAGACUGAAAUGCAGAAAAUAACUGAAAAUUAUAAUAACUUAGACGACAAAUAUAAAAGGGCACUCGCCGAGUCAGAAAACAUGCGGAAACGUUUGAUGAAACAGAUAGAUGAGGCAAAAUUAUUCGGUAUCCAAAGUUUAUGCAAAGAUUUACUGGAAGUGGCUGAUAUUUUAACAUCUGCUACUAAAUCAGCUCCUCAAGAUCAAUUAAAAGAUGGAGUUAAUCCUCCGUUCGCUAAUUUGUACCAUGGAUUAGUAUUGACAGAAAGCCAAUUGUUCAAGGUUUUCUCCCGUCAUAACUUAGUCCAGAUUUCCCCAGAAGUUGGCGAACAUUUCGACCCAAAUAUUCAUGAAGCUGUGUUUCAAGCUCCCUUGGAGGCUGGAAAGGAAAAGAAUACAGUCGCUGUGGUCACAAAAGUAGGUUACCAACUACAUGGACGACCUCUGAGACCGGCAUUUGUUGGUGUGUUUGGACCCUAAAAUAAUUUGGUCUGAUGUACUCUAGGAAGCCUGAUAACAGUGUUUGUUGUACACUUUAUCUCAUGAUGAUUCUUUGUGUAAAUGCACAUUAAAAUUUUUCCUUCUUAGUAG